ACUCACACCAAAAUCGAGAUUAGACCCACAAAUUUAUUCCCACAAAAAAUACAGCCAUCAUUUAUUCCCAAAAUUUAUUUCCCACUGGCAGUGUGCAAGCCCUUUAAACCCACAAUUUCUCACUCUGCUGCCGUAGACUCCCACCGGACUUUCCGCAUUCGCCGCCUUUCUUUUCAGGUCCUUCAAGAAAAAUAGAAUGGCAGAAAAAGGAGGAAAAGGGUAUGUACCGCCCAAAGGUGGAAAAUCUGCUCUCAAAUCACCCGUUAGCAACGGAGACAAGUCAAAGAAAGGCAAAGCAGUUCAAUUUGAUUCCGAAGAUUCUUUUGAGAGCGAUAUUCCAAAAUCUAAUGGUGAGAAGGGUAGUGCACCAGCUGGGAAAGGUGGAAAAGGUGGAAAAGGAGAAAAAGUUGCAAAUGGCACUAAAAAACCCACAGCAAAAGCACCUUCGUCGACCGAGAAAACACUUGUGGAUGGGCUUCCUCCAAAUUCUGUCUGUUUGAUGGACUGUGAAGCCGCAGAAAUCUUGCAAGGCAUCCAAGAUCAGAUGGUCGUAUUGUCUCAAGAUCCAGAUAUAAAACUCCCAGUGUCAUUUGAUAUGGGACUGUCAUACGCUAAGAGAGGUGGAAACCUUGCAAAGCCUCAGACUGUGAAGAAAAUAUUCGAGCCUCUGAAGAAGCACGGUGUUUCUGAAAGCGAGAUUUGCCUGAUUUCUAACGUAGGCCCUGAAACGGUGGAUGAAGUUUUUGCGCUUGUCCCAGCCUUGAAGCCGAAGAUGAGCACGUUAAAAGGUCCCCUCAGAAUUGCUUUGGAUGAACUAGCCAUUCUCAAAGAUGCUUUGGCUAAACUGAAAGAAUCGAUAUAGAGGAUUGUGGAAUCGUAGUAGUACCCAGGUUUUGCUGAAAUUUGACGCUUGGUCGAUGACGAUGUCUCCAUUAUUUUUUCUGAAUUAACGGAGACCAAUUUUUCUAACAGUCGUAAUUUUCCUAUGUUGUAUAGCACUGUGAUACUUUGGCUACUGUAAUUACUGGCUAUUAAGACAGCAGCAAAGACUUUGCAUCUGAUUUGUAACUUGGAACCUUAAUUAUCGAAAUUUAGUCAGACGCCAUUGGUUCA